UAGUUGGUUUUGGUCACAUGAUAUUUCAUGCAUAUAAAUACUUUCGAAUUAAUGCACUCUCGCUCAUUGUGGCGCUGCGGGGAUACCGCUAUCUCUUCACGGCCUGGUGACCUCUGUUUUGCUAUUGGGGUCUGGCUUACAGGACCUGAGUCUGUCCAUUUACCACAGCCGUCUUCCUUAGGGUGUGAUUCACAAGCCCCAAUAUCCUUAAUCUUCGGCAUUGUUCAAAAUUUCCAAGAUGGAAGUGCGCCGUAUUUCUUUAGAUGAUGCUAUAUCACUGGAGUCGAGGGAUUCAUCAACUGCGCUGCGGGUCAACAUUUUCACAUCGGAGGCAAUACAAUGCUGUCGUCUCUCAUGUCGUGCGUUGCUGGCAUCGAAUGAAGCGAGUAUGUUAAACUUAAAAGCUCGAAAAGCAGCUAAAGUUACAAAGCCAAUUGCUCCAGACACAAGUUCUUCCUUCACUCUACAGGACCUGAAAGAGUCGGCAGGACAAGGCUGCACUGCGUGUGGUUUGUUCGAGUGUCUAUUUCGAGAGCUCUUGGCUAGCCUUGGUUGUAUCAAUACCGAGACUGCAGUUCUUAUGUGGCUGACCUUCUCAAAGUUCAAGAUAUUGCUGCAUUUUGGAGCUGUGCAGCGUCGAGUGCAGCUAUUCUGUAUAAUAGGGUCUAACACGAAGUUGGCAUUCAUGCGGCCCACCAAAGUUCUUGCCGGCGACACAUCUUCUGACAUAUCGAUGCAGAGAGCGUGCCGCAUGAUAGAGAAGUGUGAACAACAGCACGCAAGUUGCCGCCCGGGGCGGGAAGAACUUCUUCCAAAGAGACUGGUUGAUCUCAGUCCAACCGAACAUAGAGAAGACCAUGUUAGACUCGUUGAGUUUGCUGAGAACGCUGAGGCGAGAGGAACAUACGCCUGCUUGUCUCAUUGUUGGGGACAGGACCCUAUGCCCAUCACGACAACACAAAAGACUAUCUUGGAGAACAAGAGAUCUAUGAGCCUUAGCCGUCUUCCUCCGACCUUUCGAGACGCCGUACUGAUAGCAAGAAAGCUCAACUUGAGGUAUAUAUGGAUUGAUUCUCUCUGCAUUGUUCAGGACUCUAGGUCGGACUGGGAGGCUGAAUCUGCCAAGAUGGCAAGCAUAUACAAAAAUGCUUUCAUCACAAUUGCUGCUACAGCUUCCCCUGAUUUCCAAGGGGGCUGUUUUUCGAAGAGCGACGCAGAUCUCUGUUUCCAAGUUAAACAGAGUGGUGUAUUUGAUACAGUCAUCGCAGCUAGAAUGGAAGUGAUGGGCGAGUUGCCCGAGCUAUAUCCCCUACUCACACGUGGAUGGGUUUACCAAGAACGUAUGCUCUCCCGGCGUUAUCUCCAUUGUUACAGGAACGAGCUCAUGCUAGAGUGUCGAGAACAAAGGAUUUGUGAAUGUGGAAACCAUCCUGGUCGGGAUCGAUAUGGCGAGCAGUUGGCGGCCAAGUCCAAGUACCACGAUCCUGGCCGUAAUCGCCUGGCUAGCUCUUGGCAGAAGGUGGUGAUGAAUUACAGUAUGCUUCGUCUCACAAAGCCUAGUGAUAAGCUGCCGGCCAUUUUUGGAUGUGCCCAAGACAUGGGCGAUCCGAAUCGAGGGAGAUAUCUAGCCGGUGUAUGGGAGAGGACUCUGGGUGAAGACUUACUCUGGAUACCUAGAAAUUAUUCAACUGUUUCCCGCCCGACCAAAUGGAGAGCCCCGUCAUGGACUUGGGCGAGUAUUGACACGCCUGACGGGGUCAAAUUCCUAGCAGGUGGUGUCGGCGACGCAGCAUCAGGAGCCACUACAUCUUUGAAAGCUUUCCAGACACAAAUCAAAGAAGCUAGAUGCGAUGCCAAGGAUCCCAACAGCCCAUUCGAUCUUGACCCUGCCGCUGCAUAUUUGCAGCUAGAAUGCAAGCUCAUCAAAGCUCACAUCCGCCGCUUGUGUUAUAGCUGCCGGAAGGCGAUGACAGUUGACCACUGGGUAAUGCCCACGCCAUCACAUGUACCAGCUACUUGGCUGAUAACUGACACCUAGAAAGUACAGAAUCGAGACGGACCGGCGAUUCGAUGCGGAGAAAUACCAGGACCAGAAUCGACCUCCCUGUACGUUCGCAGUUGACAUAUUACAAA